AUGGAGAAGUCGAGUAGCGAGGAUUCUUCGAUCCACCGGAGUCCAUCUUUGGACAGCAAGGACUCGGACUUUGCCAAGCCGUCCACCUCGGGCCGCCCGUUCGGCCGCGGCUUCACGGCCGGCGCUUUCUACGGCACGGCAGGCUCCCGGGGCCCGAGCCGGGCCGAGGCCGGCGGCGUUAAGAGCGACAAGUACAAUGCACCGAAGGGCAGCAAAUACGUGGUGUUUUAUCUGGACCUGUCCUUUGUGUUCCUCCUAGAAUUUAAGAAGUGCAACAUGGCCAGGGGCUGCCUGUGCUGCCUGAAGUACUUGAUGUUCCUCUUCAAUUUGAUAUUCUGGCUCUGCGGCUGCGGGCUGCUUGGAGUGGGCAUCUGGCUCUCCGUGUCUCAAGGCAACUUCGCCACCUUCUCCCCCAGCUUCCCCUCGCUGUCGGCUGCCAACCUUGUCAUCGCCAUAGGCACCAUUGUCAUGGUGACAGGCUUCCUCGGCUGCCUGGGGGCCAUCAAGGAAAACAAGUGUCUGCUCCUCAGCUUCUUCGUCGUUCUGUUGCUCAUCCUCCUGGCAGAGCUCAUCUUGCUCAUCCUGUUCUUCGUCUACAUGGACAAGGUGAAUGAGAGCGCCAAGCAGGACCUGAAGGAAGGGCUGUUGCUAUACAACACGGACAACAACGUGGGGCUCAAGAACGCCUGGAACAUCAUCCAGGCCGAGAUGAGGUGCUGCGGAGUCACUGACUACACAGACUGGUACCCGGUGCUGGGGGAGGACACGGUUCCUGACCGCUGCUGCAUGGAGAACUCGCAGGGUUGUGGACGCAACACCACCACGCCCUUGUGGAGAACGGGCUGCUACGAGAAGGUGAAGUCGUGGUUUGAUGAGAACAGGCACGUGCUCGGCACGGUGGGGAUGUGCGUCCUCGUCACGCAGAUCCUAGGCAUGGCCUUCUCCAUGACCCUCUUUCAGCACAUCCACCGGACGGGUAAAAAGUACGACGCCUGAGUGGCCGGCAAGCGCCCAGCCCAACCUGGACACUGUGUGCACCAAGGGAGGGGACCUGAAAUUUUGCCUCCCGUCGUGACCUCCCCAUCUCCCGACUGCCACCUCGCCCCACCUGCCAUCCUGCCCUCCCCUGCCCACCACCUCAGCCUCGGAACGCUUGGAGGGCAGGGGUGUCGCGCAGAGACCUUGGGGCUUGGGUGCCCGGAUUCCUGCACCUGUGUAUUGCCAAAGACAUCGGGGCGGGCGGGGUGCCAAGAAGGAAGCCCCUGCACUGAUGGGUUUCUAUCCCUGUGCCUCACACUGACUUGUCCGCGCGUGGGGCGGAGAGACUGCCCCGGCCGAGGCCGCUGCCAUCUAGCUGCCCAGCCAGAGAGCCAGCCGGGGCACAGUCUGAUGCCGCCAGGCAAGGCCCCUGGAGCGUAUCCUGCCCAGGCUUUUUAUACUUACAGUGUACCUUUUUUUUUUAAGAAAAAAAAACUUUAUUUUACUCUGAUUAUGAUUAUUCAGGAAUAUUAUCAGAUAAGUUUAGGGAUAGGUUUCUGAUUUACAACUUUUUACUGUGUUGAUUUUCUUAACUAAGAUUUGAGUUUCCUUUUCCUGUGGGUGGGGAUGGGUGGGCGAGAGGACACCCACCUGCUUUCGCUGAGGAAGACACCACUGUAAGACCCACAUGAGGCUGUAGGGUGGGGAAGCCCAAGCCUUCCCCAGAACUCACCUUGAGAGGAUAAGGACCCGCCAGGCCUGGUGACCGUGAACAGGGGCUGAGAGGGGCAGGGCGAAUGACAGACACGGUGCCCACAUGGCAGAGCGUCCUGCUCAAGGGCCAUGGCAUUGGCCCCAGGAGCUCUGGCUUGGUUGGAGGCAAGGGGGCUUUGGUAGGCGUGUGGCCAGGGUGGUCAGGGUCUGUGCACUUGUCGCCGGGUUUGUGAUGUCUCCUUGCCCCCUGUGUCCUCUCCUGGUGUGGUGGCUUCCCACCUGCCUUCGUAGUCCUGGUGGCUCCCAACACAUUCCCGCUGCAGACGGAGGCUUCCAGUUCACACCCAGAUCACCCUUCCCUCUGCUCCGGCAGGAGAAGCAGCCGUGUUCAGUUUGGUCCCCCAGGGAUCCCGUGCCCAUCCCAAAGGGAAGGCGGAGCUGGCACACGGUUAAGGGCCACAUCCGCUGUGGCCGUGACACGGAGGAUCUGAGAGGUCAGGCCACCUUCCGAGGCAGUGCAGGGACAGAGCUGCAUUGAGGGCGUUCAGAGCUGGCCAUGGGAGGUGACAGGCAGGCAAAAUAGUCAGCUGCAGCAGGACCCCUUCCCGAACUGAUUCUCAGAAAAAGUUAAAAAAAAAAAAAAGUGGGCUUCAGAAGUUUGUCCCCCAACCAGCUGGGAUCCAGUGUGCCUGAACCCUUGGGGUUUCACGUGGCAACUGCGUUCCCUUCACGGUUUGAUUGCAUUUGUAAUUUCCUGCCAGCUCUAGGCUUCCCCAAUCUCCACCUCCUGCUGUUUGCUUUCGGAGUUGCCCAUGCCACCCAGCCGGCCUGUAACCCUUCCGUCCACCUAAAGUUACAAACAGUUCAGGACCAGGAGAGUAAAACCUUCAGUGUGCUCAGGUGUUGGUUUUUUUUGGGGGGGGAGGGCGUGGGGUAGCAGAGCAGAGUUGUUCCAGCAAGGCGGGCAGAAUGAUGGCCAGUUUCCCGAGAUGGGAGCGUGAUGCUCAUGGGAGAUGUUGGUAAGGCAGGCAGGUCCUCAGGGGAAGGUGUGGCAAGCACAUUUGACAAAACUGUCCUUUCCUCUAUUCCCCCGGCUCGUCUUCCUGAGCAGGAGCAACAGCCGUCUCCCCAGGGGACCCCAAAAUGCAGUGGACGUAGACUCAUGGGAUACUCAGCAGAUGUCUGAGUCUUGCUGUGGGUGGGUGGGAUGGAUUUGUUUAUGCCUAUCAAUGCAACUUUCAGUCUUUUGUUACUAUCUAAAGGAAAGUCCUGUGCCCUGGGGAGGCACGAAGUUUUCCCUGGCUGGCUCCUAACCCUUUGCCAAAGUCUCCCUGUUCUCCCCCCCCCCCCAGCCCCAACCUUCUCUGGAGUGUGGCAGAUCCCGGCUCACAGGUCCCGAACUCCUUGGAGCCUCAGCUGUGUGUGGCUUAGGAGUCACUUACACAGUCUAUGUGAGAUGGAAGUCCCCAAGCACAGGGCCCAUGUCCGGAGUCCCUUGUCCACCCCAUCCCGCAGAACGUUCCCCACGUGGUAGAAGGCCCCGGGGGGAGGUGGCCUCAGCUCUUCCUGUCUGUGAGUUCAAGUGGCUUCCCUCGCCCUUGGCUUCCCUUGCUCAAGUGGGAGCCAGGUCAGAUGCAAGCAAUUCACAUGCCUACUCACCAAGUCCCUUUGGAGCCGGGAGGGGUGGCGCACGCCUUUGAUCCCAGCACUCGGGAGGCCUGAUACAGUAUUGCUCAUAGCUGGUGGGCGGGCUCCGUGGACAGGGCCUGAGAUCUAUCCAUGGGUGGCUGGCAGCGGGUGUCAGGGUUCAAGGCUCUCCAAGUUGGGACAGUGCCAGCUUAUCUCCCUGCCAGCCUGGGCCUGCGUCUCGGCCACCCCCUCCUCCCCCGCACCUGUCUGGUGACUUGGAACUAAGUGGCCGAGCCUCCACGCUUUUUUAGGUGGACAGAAGUGGUGGUCCCCUCCUCUCCAGCCCCUGCUCACCCUUUGAGGUGCUAACUAGCAGGGCCAUGGCAUGGGCUGGGGGCUGGGUUCCUGUUCUUUGCCCCCUCAGCCCGUCCAUCUGGUGGCCUCCCCUCAUGUUCCUGCCCUCUUACUUCCCUCUCCUCCAUGGGCGUGGGCAGGGCUCCUGGCCUCCCUGCCCCGAGUGGGCACUCUUGAGGGGGUCUUCGCCCCCCCCCCCCCCGUGCCUGGGCAGCGCAGAGAGCCGGGAGCGCCCGCUUGUUGGUUUCAAAUGCACUUUCUGCUUGCAGUGCCCCAUCUGCAUCUCCUUCACCCCUGUCCUGCUUUACCGACAAACCAUGUUUUUAGCAUGUUUUUAAAUAAAAAUUGAUAAUGCGUCAGAAGCACAA